UGUUCUGGGCUUUGGAGGGGGUGGGUCGUGGUAACUCAGGAGCAGGGAGCUUGAAGGAGAGGAGUGUGAAAGGAGGGGAGGUGCUACCCUGGAUCCUCCUUCUAUAAAAGGAAAAGUCAUUAACCCCUCCUGCCUUCCGCUCUGCCAGCUCGUGUGCCCAUUCUAAGCAGACCCGUCCUACCUUUCGGCAGUAAAGUCCCUGAUCACUGUCUCCGCGCUGAUCACUGUCUCCGCGCCUGUCCCACGUCCCUGCAGGCUUUUCUCUCUCUCAGUGCUCAGUCCCGUCCUGAGCCAAGUCCAGCCACCUCCUUCCUUUGUUCUGCCCUCUUGCUGCUUCCUUACCUGUUCCCCACGGUCUUUCCCUGGCAGCUCACUCAGCUGCCUCAGCUCUGGAAACCAGCCUCUAGGGGCAGAGGGCAGCUCGAGGAAGCCCUGAGAAAAGGGAGGCCAUGCCAGGUUAGAGAAUGGAAGAGAGAAUUCUCCCGGGACCGUGGCCUUUCUGUGCGUGUUGACCAGGCCCUUUUCCCUUACUUCCUACCCCUCUUGGGGCUCUGUCCCACCAAAAAGGGAAAGAGACAGCUGAGAGCCGACCGUGGGGUUUGGGGAAAGGCUACGUCAUCAGCUGGCCCUGUGCCUGGGAUCCAUCCGGCUGCUAGAGAUUCCCCUCCCCUGGGCAAGUCCCAUUUUUUUUUUUUUUUUUUUAAGGAAAACAAAAACUAGGAUUUUUGGGAAGCAAUGAAACACCCAUCUGAGUCCUACCAACAGAGCUCCUGGCUGAAUGGCUUAUAGCUCAGCCAAUCGCAGAAGCUCAGGACGCUUAAAAGAGCCCGCGCGGAGAGAGGCUGGGAAGAGCCCACGGGGAGACCCCCAGACACAUAGACACGGGCGAGCGCGAGAGGAGGAGAGAGACAGAGACAAAGGCACAGCAGAAGGAGCCAGAGACAGGACAGGCACAGAGGCAAAGCCAGACAGUUUGAGGAAGCCCAGAAGGAGAGGCCAGAGAAGCUGCAGAAGACAGGGGCAGGGAGCGACAAAGACCCAGGAGAGGAGAGUUUGGAAGAGCCAGGCCACUCGGCGCCUCUCCUGAGCCUGGGGGCCAAGUUUUCGCCAUCUCCUCUGAAGGUCCCCAGCCCCUCUGAAAACUCUGCCUCUGAGCCUGGCACAAGUCCAAGCCCCCAGGCUGUAGAGAGGAGCUUUCCAAAGCCAGGGCAGGGAGGACUGGGUGCCCAGACGGCCUCAAUCCCUCGCAGCUGCGGCACCAGUGCCAUGUCCCGGACAGACUGGCAUCCCAGGAGGAGCUUGGCGCGGUGCUGGCUGUGGGGGGUCCACACUCGCCCAAUGCUCCCCACUGUGCCCAACUGUCGGCCAGUGGGACAACUGCUGCUGCUGCUGCUGGCCUCCCUCCUGCCCUCGGCCCGGCCGGCCAGCCCCCUCCCCAGGGAGGAGGAGAUCGUGUUUCCAGAGAAGCUCAAUGGUAGCGUCCUGCCCGGUUCGGGUGCUCCUGCCAGGCUUCUGUACCGCUUGCCAGCCUUUGGGGAGACGCUGCUUCUAGAGCUGGAGCAGGACCCUGGCGUGCGGGUCGAGGGGCUGACGGUGCAGUACCUGGGCCAAGCACCGGAGCUGCUGGGAGGGGCCGAGCCAGGCACCUACCUCACCGGCACUGUCAACGGAGAUCCGGAGUCGGUGGCAUCUCUGCACUGGGACGGGGGAGCCCUGUUAGGGGUGCUGCAGUAUCGGGGGACCGAACUCCACAUCCAGCCCCUGGAGGGAGGCACCCUUAACUCUGCCGGGGGCCCUGGGGCUCACAUCCUCCGCCGGAAGAGUCCUGCUAGCAGCCAGGGCCCCAUGUGCAACGUCAAGGCUCCUCCCGGGAAUCCCAGCCCCAGCCCUCGAAGAGCCAAGCGCUUCGCUUCGCUGAGUAGAUUUGUGGAGACCCUGGUCGUGGCGGACGACAAGAUGGCAGCGUUUCACGGCGCAGGGCUGAAGCGUUACCUGCUGACGGUCAUGGCCGCCGCCGCCAAGGCCUUCAAGCACCCCAGCAUCCGCAACCCAGUCAGCUUGGUGGUGACGCGGCUCGUGAUUCUGGGGCCGGGCGAGGAAGGGCCUCAGGUGGGACCCAGUGCCGCCCAGACCCUGCGCAGCUUCUGCGCCUGGCAGCGGGGACUCAACACCCCCGAGGACUCGGACCCUGACCACUUUGACACGGCCAUCCUGUUCACCCGGCAGGACCUGUGUGGGGUCUCCACCUGCGACACUCUGGGCAUGGCUGACGUGGGCACUGUGUGUGACCCGGCUCGGAGCUGUGCUAUCGUGGAGGACGACGGGCUCCAGUCGGCCUUCACUGCUGCUCACGAACUGGGUCACGUCUUCAACAUGCUCCAUGACAACUCAAAACCAUGCGUCGGUCUGAAUGGGCCUGGGAGCACCUCCCGCCACGUCAUGGCUCCUGUGAUGGCCCACGUGGACCCCGAGGAGCCCUGGUCGCCCUGCAGUGCCCGCUUCAUCACUGACUUCCUGGACAAUGGCUACGGGCACUGUCUCUUAGACAAGCCAGCGGCUCCCCUGCAUCUGCCUGUGACUUUCCCUGGCAAGGACUAUGACGCCGAUCGCCAGUGCCAGCUGACCUUUGGGCCCGACUCACGCCAUUGUCCCCAGCUGCCACCGCCCUGUGCUGCUCUCUGGUGCUCCGGCCAUCUCAACGGCCAUGCCAUGUGCCAGACCAAGCACUCACCCUGGGCUGACGGCACCCCCUGCGGGCCGGCGCAGGCCUGCAUGGGGGGCCGCUGCCUCCACGCGGACCAGCUGCAGGACUUCAAUAUCCCCCAGGCUGGUGGCUGGGGCCCCUGGGGGUCAUGGGGCGACUGCUCUCGGAGCUGCGGUGGUGGCGUCCAGUUCUCGUCCCGGGACUGCACGCGGCCGGUCCCCCGGAAUGGCGGCAAGUACUGCGAGGGUCGCCGCACCCGCUUCCGUUCCUGCAACACCCAGGACUGCCCAACGGGCUCAGCACUGACCUUCCGUGACGAGCAGUGUGCCGCUUUCAACCACCGCACUGACCUCUUCAAGAGCUUCCCGGGGCCCAUGGACUGGGUCCCUCGCUACACGGGGGUAGCCCCCCGGGACCAGUGCAAGCUUACCUGCCAGGCCCGGGCCCUGGGCUAUUACUACGUGUUGGAACCACGGGUGGUAGAUGGGACUCCCUGUUCCCCGGACAGCUCGUCGGUCUGUGUCCAGGGCCGCUGUAUCCAUGCAGGCUGUGACCGUGUCAUUGGCUCCAAAAAGAAGUUUGACAAGUGCAUGGUGUGCGGUGGGGAUGGUUCCAGCUGCAGUAAACAGUCUGGCUCCUUCAGAAAAUUCAGGUAUGGAUACAACAACGUGGUCACUAUCCCUGCGGGGGCCACACAUAUCCUGGUCCGGCAGCAGGGGUCCCCUGGGGUCCGCAGUCUCUAUCUGGCCCUGAAGCUUCCAGAUGGCUCCUACGCCCUCAACGGAGAGUACACGCUAAUGCCCUCGCCCACGGACGUGGUCCUGCCCGGGGGCGUCAGCCUCCGCUACAGCGGCGCCACGGCAGCCUCGGAGACGCUGGCCGGCCAUGGGCCGCUGGCCCAGCCGCUCACGCUGCAGGUCCUGGUGGCCGGCAACCCCCAGAACGCUCGCCUGCGCUACAGCUUCUUCGUGCCCCGGCCAGCGCCGUCCACACCGCGCCCCCCUCCGCAGGACUGGCUGCACCGCAAGGCUCAAAUUCUGGAGAUCCUCCGGCGGCGCCCCUGGGCGGGCAGGAAAUAACCUCAUCCUCCCCGCUGCCUUGCUGGGCACCGGGGCCUCGGACUGGUUGGCAGAAAGAUGGGGCCUCCGCGGCUGCCUCCCGCGGACCCGCGGACACGCAGACACCGCGGGGAGGGGCGGAGAGCAUGGGGCCCGCGCUCCUCCCCGCCCCCGACGCGCAGGCUGGCCCUGCCCUGAUUUCCUGCCCUGGACGGCAGGGACGGGUGGUGGAUGGAAGGGGCUGGGACACUGUCCACAUCUACACUGCCCUCUCUGCCCUGCUGGUCACGGGAGGGAGGGGGAAGCCAGUGGGGCCGGGGGCCGGGGAGCCGUUGUAUUUAUUUAGUAUUUAUUCACUUUUAUUUAGCAGCAGGGAAGGGGAUGAGGACUAGGGUCCUGGGAAAAACGACCUCCACCCCUCACAGCCCACACCCUGGCUAGGAAAUCCAGGGUGGUGGCCAUAGGCAGGACUGAUCUGUGUGUGCGCGCGCGCGUGUGGGGGGGUGGGUUCAGGUAUGAAGUACAUCCCGCCCUUGCUUUCCUCUCCCUGAAUUCUGCUUUCUGGGAAAGGAAGAGUCAAGGGUAUGAUAGACCUUCAGGGAGUAAGGGAUUAUCAUAUUUUUAAAAUGUCUAUUGACUUCUGCUAUUUAUGUGCUCCUUUUGGACUCGGACAGAGGUGGAUUGCACCGUGGCUCUCCGUCUCUGAACAUUAGUUUCCUCGUUUGCCAAUAACAAUACCUCCCGUGGAAAUGUGUUGUGAGGCCUGAAUAAUGUCAAUAAAGAUGUCAUUAAAGAACUGCAUGAUGCCGGGCCCUGGGUCAGUGCCCAAUGCGGGGCGGCCGCCCUUGGUUAGCGCGGGGCCCACGUUGCUGCCUGUGGGGUUUGCCGCGCCCCAAAGGUGAAAAGCUCUUGCCAGUCAUACCUGCCCUCGCCCCCAGGCCAAAUUUCUCUGGUUGGCAGACUGCUGUCCUGGAUUCUCAGGAAGGAUCGGAGACAGGACAGUCGCGUCCCUGAUCACCGGAGACUUCCCACCAACAGAAUGUCAUAGACCCUUGGCUCUAAGCACAGCUGACCAGAACAAGGAGGCACAAAGAAAACAGGACUGGCUCUGUCCAAGCCACCGGACACUUAGUAAUGAAAGCUCUUGGGGGGACCCUGAGGCCGUCAUCAUCCUCGGAGGGGGAGUGCUGGACAAGGGAGCCCGUGAGUCUGAGUCUGAGCUGGGGCUCAGUGUCUGACUGGCCAUGGUGUUGGGGGAGUCACUGAUGCUGAGCUGUGGGGGGCUCGUAUGUGUAAGGGGCUACUGAUGCCUGUCCCCACCAGUUUGUUCUGGGAACAAAUGAUACAGUAUUUUCAAAAUAGUAAAGGCUGAACCAC